CGGGAACUCGUCGCGCGUGACGCGAUCAUCGCCACAAUGGACGUCGGACGCCUAAUCGAAUGCGUCAAAGACCACGUGUACUUAUACGAUAUAAAACAUAAAGAUUACAAAAACAUCGCACUCAAAACGGCCGUGUGGGAAGCCAUCGCGAAGGAAUUACAUCAAACAUGCGAUACCGUGAAAUUAAAAUGGAAAACUAUAAGAGACGGGUACAUAAAAUACAAAAAACAGGUUAAGGAUAGCGCCUUCAACGGUAAAAAGAUAAACGACUACAUAUGGAGAUCACAAUUAGUUUUUUUGGACAGUCACAACGUAACAAGAAACUCCAAGGCGAAUCAGAAUAAUCAAAAGGCUUUAACGCAGCUACAAACCGAAGAUUCGCCCGGUGAGGCAGCUUGGCACUCGCCGAAACCCGAGGCGCACACAUCCCAAGAAUCGCAAAGCCCGUCCGAUAUGAAUUAUCAAAAUGAAUCGAGACUGACCAAGCGCAAGGCUGAAGACGACGUGGACAAAAUUCUAAAUUACUUAGUUAACAAAAAAGAAAAAAAAUAUGAUGCCGUUGAUUAUCUGUUUAUGAGUUACGCGGAAACGUUCAAGACCUUCUCGUCUCGAACUCAAACCGAUAUGAAAUUGGAAUUAGCUAAUUUAUUUCUUAACGCCGAACUAAAAGAGUUUGCGAACGCCGAAAGCGCUCAGAGACUGACCGCAGAGGCCCAGUCCGGUUCGGAUAGUUCCAGUAGCUCAAGCGAUUCGGAUAACUGCGAGAAUUCUCAAACAGAUCCCAUAGGAACGAUGGAUGUUAAAAUUGAAAGGUCAUCGACGCCUGAUUACUUUGAGCAGAAAUUUUAGUUUGGAUUAUGGAUGAGUAUGUUCGAAUUUGAGUUUAACGAGACAUGUUUUAUGUUUAAAAGUACAAUGGUACAGAGAGACGUAGGCCACAGAAACACAACAUAAAUUGACUAGCGAUUUCGAUUUAGAAAUUAGGAAAUUCUUCUUCUUUUUCUCCACCUUAUCCUAUUAAGUGGGGUCGGCACAGAUAAUUUUUCUAUUCAAUUCUCUUCUAU